AUGUUUCGAGCGCAGCAAAAUGCGUUUGACGACGCCGUCGCCAAGGCGACGGACGAGAACCUGACCUCCGAGAACUGGGAAUACAUUCUGGAUGUCUGUGAUAAAGUCUCUGUGGAAGAAUCAGGCGCGAAAGAAGCGGUUGCUGCCAUGAUUAAGAGGUUGGCUCACAGGAAUGCCAAUGUCCAGCUCUAUACCCUCGAGCUUGGCAAUGCCCUGUCGCAAAACUGCGGACCGAAGAUUCAUCGCGAGCUGGCCUCGAGAAGCUUUACUGAUGCGCUUCUGCGUCUGGCGAAUGAUCGGAACACCCAUCAACAAGUGAAGUCUAAGAUCUUGGAGCGCAUGCAGGAAUGGACCGAGAUGUUCUCAUCUAACCCCGAUUUUGGCAUCAUGGAACAGGCAUACAUGAAACUGAAGACGACAAACCCCAACCUGCAACCCCCUUCGAAGCCCGUCAAGCAAAGAAUCACCGACUUCGACAGACAGAAGGAAGAAGAGGAACUUCAGAUGGCACUAGCUCUCUCUGUCAAGGAAAGAAAGCCAAUCGCUUCUCAAGCGGGCUCUUCUGCAACGGCCGCUCCUGCGCCUUUAUCUACUUCCACCCCGACUCCAGCAAGCCAAGCCGAACCUGCCGCUUCUCAACCUGUUCCAUCAGGCACGUCUGCCGCUACCGUGUCACGAGUCAGGGCCAUUUUCGACUUCCAGCCCUCCGAGCCUGGCGAGCUUCAGUUCCGGAAGGGUGAUAUCAUUGCUGUUUUGGAAUCUGUAUACAAAGAUUGGUGGAAGGGUUCCUUGAGGGGCCAGACCGGUAUCUUCCCUCUCAACUAUGUCGAAAAGCUUCCCGAUCCGACUGUGGAGGAGUUGCAGCGUGAGGCCCAAAUGGAGGGGGAUGUUUUCAGUCAGAUUAAGAAUGUCGAGAAGCUCCUGACGCUGUUGAGUACCCGGAGCUCGGAUCUCAAUGUUCAAGAAAACGAGGAGAUCACGACCCUCUAUCAUUCCACUCUCGCCAUUCGGCCAAAACUUAUUGAGUUGAUUGGCAAGUAUUCUCAAAAGAAAGAUGAAUUCACUCAACUCAACGAGAAGUUUAUCAAGGCCCGCCGUGAUUAUGAGUCUCUGCUCGAGGCGUCGAUGGCUCACCCGGCGCAGCCCCAGUAUGGUCGGCCUGGACAACCUCAGUACGGAUACCCGGGUGCUGCUGCACCUGCGGGAUACCCUCAGGGCCCUCCUCCGGAUCAGCGAUAUUUCAGCCCGCGGCCUCAAGAGCAACCUCCACAAUCGCAGACCCCUUACUAUGGCGCAGAGCAAACAGUCCCCUACCGGCCUGCAUCUCAUUCCCCCGAUCCUCGCACCCACGUUGCAGGUGGCGCGUCGGUACAGCAGCAGGCACCUCCCGCUGAUCCCUACCAGUCCAUGCACCACCGUCCGCAGUCUACAUAUGAUCAUCCCCAAGAGCUAGGAACAUCCGUCUACGAUUCGCCCGUGGAUCAGCGUCCUCCUUACCCUCCCACCGGCCAAGUGCCACCUACCGCACACCAACAAUUCCACCAGCAGCAACAGCAACCGCAGCAGGACUACUCGCUAGGCGAGGAAACACCCCAGCUGUCAUCUGCUCCUGGUAUGCCUCCGCAGUUCCAGCAGCAACAACAGCAAGCUCCGUAUCCCAAUUCCCCAACCACCCAGCAGCAAGCACCUCCCUCGCACCAACCACCUCCGAUUCCUGGCACCGCGCCUCCUCCUUCUCAGUAUGCUGCUUUUAACCCGGCACCGUCGGCACCACCUGGCAACGCGGAAUACCAGGCAUACCAGCCUGCGCAGGGUGGUGUCCCUUCCUCGAAUCCUGCUUCGUUCUACAGAUAG